CAAUUGAAAUAAUGGUUAAUUUUAAGUCAAAUUUUAAAACAACUGUAACAGAGUUGGGCAUCUUCUUCCUGCUGCUUCUACCCGACGUCCAAUUCUAGGGUUUUAACGGAAGGAUUUGGAAUAUGGAUAUCAUAUCACAGCUACAGGAACAAGUAAAUUCAAUUGCAGCUCUUGCUUUCAACACCUUUGGUACUCUUCAAAGAGACGCCCCUCCUGUGCGUUUGUCACCUAAUUAUCCGGAACCUCCUCCUGCGAAUCCCACUGAAGACUCAGCUAAUGUUGCAGAGCAACCAAAGCAAAUGAGUGCUGCUUUUGUUAAGGCUGCCAAGCAGUUUGAUGCGUUGGUUGCUGCUCUUCCUUUAUCAGAUGGGGGUGAAGAAGCACAAUUGAAAAGAAUUGCAGAACUCCAGGCUGAGAACGAUGCAGUUGGCCAAGAACUUCAAAAACAACUGGAAGCUGCAGUUUGCUGAUUUUGGUGAUUCAGAGAAGGAGCUAAAGCAGGUCCAGGAGUUGUUCAACCAAGCAACAGAUAACUGCCUGAACUUAAAGAAGCCAGAAUGAACUAACAUAGUAGAUAUUUCAAUUUGAUAGAUCGAAGCUGACAGCAUUAGUUUGAGGCCGUUCUUGCUGGAUAUGCCUUGGGAGGAACAACAAAUCGGCUGUGUUAAGUCUUUCUUAUGGGUACAUUUACCAACUGGUUAUAUCUAAACUAGGUGUGUUCUGGCAUUUCCAUUUAAAGUUCUUGGCGCUGCUGAGAAAAGAAUUCAGUAUACCAAUGUAUCUGGUUUAGAUCUUUGUUUAUUUAGAAUGAAAAGAGGUAGGAAUGAUAUGCUUUAAAAGCAAAGUCAGCAGUUAUUUGUCUCCACGGAUACCUUUAAUAUUAGCUUCUUCCACUGCGUGAGUACUAUUUGGAAGUUGGUUAAUUACUCUGUUCCAGCACUUUUGUGCAAGUCUUAUAUAAGCACCCUCUACCUAUAAAAUUCCUAUACAUAUAUUUUGUUGGGUUAA